ACUUAACAGAAUUUAUAAUUCAAAUUUAAAUACGUAAAUAAAAUUUGUUAAAAUUGAAGAGGGACUUCCCCGAUUAGAAGCUUAACAGAAGCCACCUUUGUAAUCAAAUUACAUUUUUUGAGGUGCGUAGUAGAAGAAAAAACUUUAAACACCCAAACUGCUCUCGUCGCAUCACCUGUGCAAACAAGACAUUUAAAAAUGUCUCAUACAUCACGGAAACGCUAUUCAGUCUUAAAAAGUUUAAUCGGUUAAUCGUGCGGGCAAAGAAAUGAUCAGCAAGAGCAGCAUUGUACUGGGUCUGCUAGUUACAGCUCUCACAGUGACCAAAGCUAUUAACGCGGAGGAUUCAACCACGACGAACAUCCCGGGUGGCAUUCAAAAACUUUUCGAUGAAGUUCAACUGCCGUGCACUCCCAGGGCAGUACUGAAUCACCCAUGCUAUUUCUGCAAAUGUGACGUGCAUGGAAAUCGGCAGCACUGCGUCUACACGUGCAGUCCUACCAGCGGAAACCCUAAAAUACCGGGGUCUCAAGUGUGCUCCGCCGACGAUAACAUUCAGCAAGGAUGCAAGCGAUGUCGCUGCAGCAGUGGACAGAUUUUCUUCGAUUGCUUCCUGUCGCUACAAUGCAACAACGAAAUCCAGAUGGAGGAGAAUAAUGAUUUCUAAUAUGCACGCAAAUUUCUUAAAUCUUACGAGAAUCGAAUAAAACUAUACUUACAUCAUUGAAUCGC